UAUUACACGAUUUGAUCACGCAUCUUCCUGAAACAGCUGCGGCUGAUCUAAACAUGCUAAGAAAUUUUGAACUUGGAUAUAAAUCUAUCUGACAGCACACACUGUUGGACACACAGGCUUACAUAUUUGAAUACCGUAAAUCCUCUAAUAUUGGCCUGUACUCAAUUAACUGCCGGGUAUCACAUUUUGGCCGGAGUUGGCGGAGGUGAAUAAUGGCCGUUUUUUUUUAUUGUGGCCGGGUGGAAUGUGGUAACAAGCAAGGGGGGGGGGGGGGGUGUCAUCUGUCUCACUUUUGAUUUGCCAGUGAUAGACCGCAAGGGUAACUAACCGUGCGGAGACGAAGAGGAGGUGAAAAUUUGAUAUCAAGUUCAAAGAGAACGUGCUGAUUAUGCUGCAGAACACUCUGGGGAGCAGUAGCAGGGGUUGUAUGAACUAGUCACUAGUCGACUUCACCACUCUAUAGUGACUUUUUAUGCCUGUCAUCGACUAGUCGCUGUCACGUGAUAAUGAUCGGCAAGAUGCAGUCCACAGAAAAGACAGCAGCCUGCUGUCAGCAGGUGACAAGCUCCUGCGCGUCGGGAGGCAACGUGCUGUGCCAGAGCGUUGGUACUGACACCUGCCGUAAAACGGACAUUUAACCAAAUUGUGACAUUUACCCUCUUGCAAUUUAACCUUCCCCUUACCCCCAUCCUAACCUUAACCAGCUUGCGCAUGCAAAGCUCUGAUUGUCGACGCGCUCCAGACAUCUGCGUCCUGAGCACGGCCACAGUAACAUUAUCAAAUCAGGUGUCGCCACCUCAAAAACCAAUUUAACACGCGAUCGUUCAUGUCGGCUCAUUUCCUUUCAUGUUUUCUGUCUUUUAUUCUUUUAUUUGUGCCUGAUGCUUUUCGCUGCUGUGGAUCGGGGCACAUCACCUGUUUUGUCCUCGGUGACGCACCUAACUGAUGUGGCCGGUGAGCAGCGUGCACUCAGCUGUUUUUGCGGUCGGUAGAUCUUUUAGAACUGCAGUUCAAAGGUAACUCAUAAGGUGAAUAUAUAUGAACCCAGGUAGCAGUUUUUCUUUAGGAUUGAGAGGAGAUGCAGGAAAAUAAUAAACAGGACAGAAAAAUAGUCAAAUAAAAACAAGUUAGUUUUUGUACCUGGUGGUUGCAACUAACAGACACCAUUGAAGGUAAUCAGAAGUGAGGAACAGAAAAUGAAAUAAUUAUUUUAAUGUUUAGAGCAGCAGGAACUCCGAGAGGCUGCAGGCGCAUCAGUGAGUUUGCGGCAGCUGCGCAGGGGGAGGGGGAGAGGGCAGAAGCAGAAACUACCGUUGUUAAAAGAAAUGUGUUUAACUUUGAAAAUGUGGGCGCAAUUUUAAUUGUCAAAAACUCCAGCGAACCAUUAGUUCAUUUUGCUCAAAUAGAAAUUGAGACAUGCCUCUAAUUCUGGCCCUCCUUCCAAUAAAGGCCCAGAGCUUGAUGAGCUUGAGUAAAAUACAGGCCCGGGCCUUUAUUAGAGGAUUUACGGUAUAACUUAUUUCGAUUGAUUAUUCAUGUUCCCGGGUGGGAUUUUGAACGUAAUUAGCCAAUCAUACAAGAGCUCUCCUAGCCAGUCAGAGGCGAGAAAGGCAGGACCUUCCGGUUUCCAGGGCAACCACAAAGCGACAACAAACGUGAUAGGAUGAAGUUACCUACAACUACGACAGAUAAAACACUGGAGACACCGGUAACAUUGGUUAAAUAUCGCGUAAAACUACUUAAAACUGAAAAGCAGUUUCGCCACAUCUCAUGAAGACGCUGAGGACAAACUCGUGAAACACCUGCGCGAGCGUUGGCCCAUUCGGGCCUCAUGGGUGACGUUUGUGUUCGGGUGGCGGUCCGCAUCCGUCCCUUGCUAGCCAAAGAAGUCCUCCAGCAGCAUGAGGUGUGUGUGCGGGUGGUGCCCAACUCCGCACAGGUGGUGCUCGGCUCGGACCGCCUCUUCUCCUUCGACCACGCGUUCGGACCGACAGCCAGCCAGGAUGAGGUGUACCAGUCCGGCGUGCUGCCCCUGGUCGAGUCCCUGCUUGAUGGCUACAACGCAACCGUCUUCUGCUACGGACAAACGGGGUCUGGGAAGACCUACACUCUGGGAGGGGUCGACCAAGAAGAAGAGGGAGGAAUAAUUGAGCGUGUGGCCCAGGAUAUGUUCCUGUUGCUAGAGAGGAGAAAGAGCAGUGAUGGUGCGGAUGCCACUGUGAGGGUCUCAUACAUGGAGCUCUACAGAGAGGAACUACGAGAUCUGUUGGAGCUCCAAACCGUUCAGAAAGAGCUUCACAUCAGAGAGGACGAGAGGGGAAACACGGUGGUCGUGGGAGUCAGAGAGAUCGUCAUCACCUCAGCAGAGGAACUGCUCAGCGUCCUAGAGAUGGGAAAUGCCCUACGUCACACUGGUGUUACAGGAAUGAAUGAGCAUUCCAGUCGUUCUCAUGCUGUCCUCACCCUCCAGGUCAACAUCUGUUGCCACAACAACAAGAACCCCUCUUUAAAGUCUAUCCGCACUUCCAAACUUUGUCUGGUUGACCUAGCAGGCUCAGAGCGUGCUGGAAAAACUGGAAACGCAGGAUCACGACUCAAAGAGUCUGCUCACAUCAACACGGGCCUGUUGGCGCUUGGCAACGUUAUCCGAGCCCUCUCCGACCAGAGCCGUAAUCGUCACGGUAACAGAUGCAGCAAUGCACAUAUACCGUACCGUGAUGCCAAGAUCACUCGUCUCCUUCGGGACUCUCUGGGAGGCAACACUCACACACUGAUGGUGGCUUGUGUAAGCCCCUCCCACCUUGUUGUCACGGAAACUCUUAAUGUCCUCCAGUUUGCAACCAAGGCUCGUUGCAUUCGUAACUGUCCGGGAGCUGCAUUCGCCCAAACAGAGGCCACGUCCUUCCCCAACAACUGGAAUCCCACUGACACUCGACUGGAGGAACUGGAGUAUGAGGUGAAGACGUUGAGAGAACUUCUGAAAGAGAAAGAGAAGGACAUUGAGAUAGAAAGAGAGAAGACAGACAGCAGAGGGGAAGAGGGGGGCACUAUUACACGGUCCAGUCAGAUCAGGGUCUCCGAACCAGAUCAGAAGAUGAACCAAAAAACGGCGUGGCAGUACUGCCUCUUGGCACAGGAAGCUUCAGCCCUGCUUGAAGAUAUUUCUGGUCCAUCUCCAAGUUGUUUCUUCAAACAGAGACUGCGAGACUGGCAGGACAGACUGACCGCUGUGAGUCACUCACAUCUAAAGAAUGACAAACAGUAUUCUGAGGAGUGCAGAGACCAAGCUCAAAGUUUAAUGCUUGGAAAGCUAAGAGAAGAACUCCACAAGUGCCAGGAUGAUCUCCGUGUGAAAGAGCUAAUGCUGCAGGACAAAGAUGCAGAGGUGCAACGGAAACACAAAGAAGUGGAAAAACUUCUGGAAGAGAAAAGAAGCCAGCUGUUAGAUUUAGCGGCAGAAAAGGGGCGUUCUCAAAUACAGGCAGAACAGCUGGUGAAUCAGCAGAUUCUGAUUGAUCGCCUCCGCAGCGCCCUCAUGACCUUUCAUGGGACGAUCUCAGGAGCAACGGUGGAAGCGAGCACUUCUGGGUAUUUGUACAAGAGGCCUCACAGCGUCCCGUUGAUCAGGAACAGCUGUGUGCACAGGACUUCCAGGAAGAUUCAUUCUAGUCCACCGACCUACUCUCUGGAGAGGGUGAUGGCAGCUUUUAGGAUGCGUGGUCACCUCCUGCUGGCUGAGAUUGAGGAGAAGGAGGAGGUCUGCUGUCUGUGCACUAACCAACAGGCAGCAAGCAAAGAAACAAGCCAGGAGGAGGAGAACGGCUCUAUGAGGGAAACAAAAUUUAGACGUUCUUUAAACCGAACAUGGACAAGCCGACAGGGGAAGCUACCACUGAAGGAGGAAAGCGCAACACCCGGUCAAACGGCGUACGGUAGCGUGGCGUUGGAGCGCUCCCCGCAGCCCACAGGCACCAUAAAAACCCCGCCUAAUCAGAGCCUAAUGAAGAAGGGAGUGAGAACCAGCAUCACUGAAAGACGGAUCCAUGAGCUGACGGUCAACAUGCGCCUGAAGGAGCAGCUCAUCAAAGACCUGGACAGAACUGACAAAGAAACGCGUGCAGUGGACGGACUUGGCUAUCACUCUGAUGAUGGAGGACAGGUGAACGUUCUGGCACCACUUUCCAUGCAGAGCCAGCAGGUCCGAGCGGAGGCGUACCGCAGCUUGCAGCACAUGAGGCUGCAGAGAGCGCAGCUACGGAGGCAGCUGAAGGAAACCGGUGACAGCAUGGAAAAAAACGGGGAACAAAGUGAAAAUCAUCUGGAAAAGUCAGACAGAAUGCUGAGUGACAGAAGUUGGCUGGAUGAAGAGGAAGAACAUGUUCUUCAAAGGAGAGUGAAGCUGCAGCAGCUGCAGGAGGAGUUCAAGAGAAGAGAGGAGGUGCUCCUGCACAGGGAGGCUUGUCUGCAACAGAAAAACAAACUCGAGGUCAAAAAGCUACAAUCCAGUCAGGCUUUGAGUCGAGAUUUGGUGCGUGUGUCGAUGCAGCUGGAGUCUGUGGAGGAGCGGCUGCAGAGCAGCAGUGGUGUGAAGGCUGAGGGGGUUACCAGAGAGGAACUGGAGGAAGAGAGAGAUCUGCUUAAGAUGAAAAGAGACACUCUGGAUGCCCAGCUGAGGGACAACCGAGUGCUCACUGCAGAGGAAGAGCACUCCCUUCUGCAGCUGGAGGAAGCCAUCGAGGCUCUGGAUGCAGCCCUUGACUUUAAAAACCAGUCUAUCGAGGACAAGAAGCAGCGUUUGUUGGAUGGCGACUCAUUUCUGCAUCAGUCACAGAGCACUGAGCCCGCCCAACACUGUGACAUUUACAGGAAGGUGAAGAAGCUGUCCCCACCUGAGGCUCUGAAGCUCCUGGUCAAAUAUUUCAACAAGGUUGUUUGUCUCAGAGAGGCAGAGCGCCAAUUGCGUUUGCGAUGUGAUGAGCUGGAGCUUCAUGCUCGAGAGCAAGAAAUGACUCUAAGGGAAAUGGAGGCAACCAUACAGCGUUUGAGCCUAGAUGCAGACCGCAGGAUCACUCAGCAACACAGAGACCACCAAAACAACAUUCAGCUACUGCUGCAGAAGCUCAGAGAAGGUGUUUCUGGAGAACCCCAACAGGCAUUACAAGACAGACUGCAGUAUCUGGAGAAAGAGCUGUUUUUCUACAAGAGCACCAGUCGGCAGCUCAAGAAGAAGCUUAAAGAGGUCCUCGGUGAUGCCUUACACCCUGAAAAUCAUUCCUCACACACACAAGAGCACAGACAAAUGCACAACAGGCAGAUACACGUCAGUGUAAAUAAAUCCCAAGCUCUUUCUGAGGAGAUGAAAAAAACUGCAUGCAUUGCAACCUCGUACACAAAAAUAUAUCCUGAGCAAGCUGAUGCAAGAGCGCACCGGGAUUCUUCUGUUGACCGAGUGCUCCGAAGGUCAAAAAUAAAUGAACAUAAUCAGACGUUUACACAAUCCCUCCUGAGAAGUUCAAGAGGUCAAUCAGAAGAGUCUUUGGAGGUGACACCUGUCAGGUUGAGCCGCAGAGAGCCCACACAGAUUUCUCCAGCUGAAAUGCAGGUCUUUGGUUCUGCCAGUAGGGGGCAGCAAUCUGUAGUUGAUUGUAGCACAGUGUCAAUGAUGGAGGAUUCAAUUGAAGUCCAAAAAUACUGACAUGUGACUUUGUUUUGCUAACUGAUGUGCUUCAAGGCUUACAUACUAGAUACUAGAUUUUGCCAUUAGAGAAUUGGAAUAAAUAAUUUUAUGUAAGAUCGCAACAUAUGCUAAAGCUAAACAAAUGAGACAUUUGUCAGUUCAGUAUGUCAAAAUAAGUGAUCGUUAAAUUAAAUAGAAGAAAGUUUGUUGUCAUUGUGAAAUUCUUGCUGAUGCUCUGAUUUGACUUGUUUAAUAGGAAAAACAUUAAGGGAUGCAGCUAACACAGUUUGGUGUGUUUUGUCUUUUUGUUUGGUUUUAUUAAUGAAGUUAAACUUCACAUGCUAUAGUAGAUCUUAUUUGCACUUGUUACUCCAAAGACUGUAUGGUACCACACAUUAUGUUUUGUUCUUGCAAGUUUUUUUUAACUCUUAAAUCUAAAGCUCUUAUUCAGUAGAAUGCUUUAAAUUUACUUUUAAAGUGUAAUGAACAUUUCUAGUGUUUUUGGUGUUAUGAAAUUGCUUUAAUAAACAAAACUUUUCUGAUAUUGUUUAUUUAUUGUUAUAUUUUUAAACUUGUCUUUGUAUAUUUUUUCACUAUGAUUGGCACAAUCUGCAUCUAUUAAAAUUAUUUUCCCUUUUUUA